GCCACCAGUCCGAGUUGGUUGAUCCGAGGCAACGAAACACACCGACUGGCAUCCGCGCUGGAUCCGAGCGAGUGUCCCUGUUCACUGCGUCCGACACACACACACAUACACACUGCCCGGUGCACCGCAGGAUGAACGCGCUCUGGAGGUUUGGACACUUUGGACAGCAGCGCGCAGGGUAGAACAGGAUUUAGUGGAGAAGUUGGUUUUCUCUGCGGCGGUGCCCGAGCCGAGGACUCUCGCUGUCAAGUCGUGAGAGGGAUUUCUGACUUUUUUUCCCCUCCACUGUCGCCAAACUUCUCCCCAAAGCUCGGGGAAUAACGGAUUUUAAAGUAGUUUUGUGGAUUUUUAUAAAGUUUACUGGAGAAUAAAGCCUGGUUUUCUUCUUCUGAAUGCUUGGUGAGAUCUGAAAGACGGAGAUUUUGGAUACAAAACGUGAUAAUUUGGGUCAGUGACGGGGAGUUGUUGGAUCAUUUCUUGCGGCGUUGGAGGCUGCCCUUCUGCUGGACAGCAUGCGAUUGGAGGAUGUCGUCUGAGUCGGGCCUGGCUGCUCUGCGUCUCACCUCGUCCUCUAGAGGGAUGACGGCUCUGUGGUGCUCACUCUGGAUUUCCUGCCUCCUGCCUCUGUGCGUCGCUCCGGCCCGGCUGCCCACCGCUCUGCCCACAGACUCUGGGUCCAGUGAGUCAGCGUUCCUGGAGGACCAUGUCCUGGGCAUGGGGGAAAACCUGGAGAUACCAUGUGACCUGGAGGACCACUCCGAGCCCGUCGUCUGGUUCAAAGACGGCGCCGGGCUGGUUCCUGGCAACCGGACGCGGCUGGGCCAGAGGUUGUUGCGCAUCAUCAACGUGUCGUACGAGGACUCGGGCGUUUAUUCGUGUCGGCUCGCACAAAGCAACACGCUGCUCAGCAACUACACCGUCAGGGUGACAGAUUCACUCUCAUCUGGUGAUGAUGAAGACUAUGACGAAGACCCAGAAGAUACAGGUAAUGAAAAUGCAGAAGCUCCAUAUUGGAGCCGGCCUGACCGGAUGGACAAGAAGCUGCUGGCUGUUCCCGCCGCCAACACAGUAAAGUUUCGCUGUGCCGCGUCAGGAAACCCGCAGCCCACCAUCCACUGGCUGAAGAACGGGAAAGAGUUCAAGGGAGAGCAGAGGAUGGGAGGCAUCAAGCUGAGACACCAGCAGUGGAGUCUGGUGAUGGAGAGCGCCGUGCCGUCAGACCGGGGAAACUACACCUGUGUGGUGCAGAACAAGUACGGCGCCAUCACCCACACCUACCAACUGGAUGUGCUCGAGCGCUCCCCCCACAGACCCAUCCUGCAGGCCGGCCUCCCAGCCAAUCAGUCGGUGGUGGUGGGCAGCGACGUGGAGUUUCACUGUAAGGUGUACAGCGACGCCCAGCCGCACAUCCAGUGGCUCAAACACAUCGAGGUCAACGGCAGCCGCUACGGCGCCGACGGCGUUCCCUACGUCAACAUCCUGAAGAGUUUUGACAGUAAACAAACUGAGGCCCACAGUAAGUUGAAACUGUCCAACGUGACAGAGAGAAAUGCCGGGAAGUACUGGUGUCGCGCCUCAAACUUUGUAGGCAGGUCGGAAAACUCUUUCUGGCUCAUGGUGCACAAACCAGCAGUUAGCGCUGAAAAGGAGGACUACUACGCAGACAUCCUCAUCUACGUGACGGGCUGCGUGCUCUUCAUCCUCGCCUUGGUCAUCGUCGUGCUUUGCCGCAUGAGGAUGACGACACAGAAGACGCUACCAACGCCACCCGUGCAGAAACUGUCAAAGUUCCCCCUCAAGAGACAGGUAACAGUGUCCUUGGAUUCUAACUCCUCCAUGAACUCCAACACCCCGCUGGUGCGGAUCGCCCGCCUCUCCUCCAGCGACGGACCGAUGCUGGCCAACGUCUCGGAGCUGGAGCUGCCCUCCGACCCCAAAUGGGAGUUUCCUCGCACGCGGUUGACUCUGGGCAAACCUCUGGGCGAGGGAUGCUUCGGGCAGGUGGUGAUGGCCGAGGCGAUCGGCAUCGACAAAGAGAAGCCCAACAAGCCGCUGGAUGUUGCUGUGAAGAUGCUGAAAGUGCCUCAUCAUGGGUUCUUUAUUCCUUUUCUGUUUUCCUCAGAUGACGCCACGGAUAAAGACUUGUCAGACCUGGUGUCGGAGAUGGAGAUGAUGAAGAUGAUUGGAAAACACAAAAACAUUAUCAACCUGCUGGGAGCGUGCACACAGGACGGGCCUCUUUACGUCCUGGUGGAGUACGCCUCUAAGGGCAACCUGAGGGAGUACCUGCGGGCGAGGCGGCCGCCGGGCAUGGACUACUCCUUCGACACCUGUAAGAUCCCCGACGAGCAGCUCACCUUCAAAGACCUCGUGUCCUGCGCCUACCAGGUGGCCCGAGGCAUGGAGUACCUCGCCUCGCAGAAGUGUAUCCACAGAGACUUGGCCGCCAGAAACGUGCUUGUGACAGAGGACAACAUUAUGAAGAUCGCCGACUUCGGUCUCGCCAGAGAUGUGCACAAUAUAGACUACUACAAAAAGACCACGAACGGUCGUCUCCCCGUGAAAUGGAUGGCUCCGGAGGCUCUGUUCGACCGGGUCUACACGCACCAGAGCGAUGUGUGGUCCUAUGGGGUGUUGUUGUGGGAGAUCUUCACUUUGGGAGGCUCGCCGUACCCCGGUAUCCCAGUAGAAGAACUGUUUAAGCUGCUGAAGGAGGGACAUCGCAUGGACAAACCUGCCAACUGCACGCAUGAACUGUACAUGAUCAUGAGGGAGUGCUGGCACGCGGUGCCGUCGCAGAGACCGACCUUCAGACAGCUGGUAGAAGAUCACGACCGGGUUUUAUCCAUGACCUCCACCGACGAGUACCUGGACCUGGCGGUGCCCUUCGAGCAGUACUCGCCCACCUGCCAGGACUCAAACAGCACCUGCUCCUCGGGAGACGACUCGGUGUUCGCCCACGAAGCGCUGCCUGAAGAGCCCUGUCUUCCUAAACAGCUCCCCAGCAACGGGGUGAUAAGGACAUAAAAUCUGAGCUUGGGGAGGGGGUUGGACUUUAACCUCCUCUCAGAGUUUGCGAUUAACCUCUCAGUGACUCCUCAAGAUUUGGAAACUCAGCAUGCAAUACUUCGAUUCGUCUUAAACUCUUAAAUCUUCUUUGACUGAGUUGUCCUCCUCCUCCUCCCUAACAGACUCUUGGAAACAUUGAAGGAUUAUUUUUUGAACCAUGUUCUGAAAUUAUAUUUUUGUACUCGGGCCAGUCUUUUCUUACGGACAAUCUGUUGGGUGAAACCAUUCCGUGCCUACUGGGAUAAAUAGACCUCCUGAGAUUGAUUUUUGAAAAUGGAUAUAAGAGGAGGAAGUGAAGGGCAUUGGUCAGUGACUGCUUUGCGAUCCAGUAGGCGAGGACCUCAGAUUUGUAUCCCCUCGUCUGCGCGGAGCCCUCAAAUCUUGAUAAAGGUUUGGGAACCCGUUGACAAGAAACCAGCAAAGCCAGAAUCAACUCCAUGAUGGGACUCUUUCUUCCCAAGACACUUUUCUAUUACAGAGCAUAUAACGUGUUUUUCUCAUCAAUCUGUACAACCUUUUAGCAUCCCGACAAAAAAAAAAGGUUUUGUGAUAAUCAUGAAACAAAUUCCUCAUCAAGCGUGAGGCGAAGUUUCAGGGCCAUUCAGUAAUUAGUCAAAUGAGGUUUGGAGUUUGUUUUUUAUGUAUGUAGAAAAAUGAUUUAUUGUAAAUAUAUAAAUGCAAAUAUGUAUCAUAUUGCUGUUUACAGCCAUGUACUUAAAAGACAAAAAAUUACAUUUUCUUAAAGUAUUGUUUUUAGGAAGCAAUCUAGAAGACACUGUCAUGAAAGUGUAAAACAUUUAAUCAUUUAAAGUGAUACAGAAAAGGUUUAUUUGAAUAAUUAACGUGUAUAUUUGUAAAGAUAUUUAUAGACUUAACAUGUGGUUUCUUAAGUUGGAAAAGUCUAGUUUAGGAUUUUAGUACUGUACGCAAAGAUUUUAUUUCUUUUUUUUUUGUAACUUAUUUUACAACAGAACUGCAACGUUUUUUCACAGACUCCUCUGGUUUUAGAUCCAUCUUUGUUAUUAUUUUUCUGGGCAGUUUUUGAAAAGAAAAUAAGAAUGUAUACGAGAAGGGAAGAUGGUUAUUUGGAGGGAGAGUGAUUCGACCGCCAGAGGAGGACUGGGGAACUGAAGGCUCCCGCUGAAGGGCAGCCGGACGUUUCCGCUGAGUUCAGAUUCUGAUUUGAAAAGUUGACGUUUGCAAUAUCAAGCAACGAUUAGCUCUUGCUGGGCAAGAAAUGGCAGCGCUUCAAGAUAUGUACAGAGAGGCCUUUUAGUACGAAUCAAGUACUUUAAGACAUUUCGAACACCCACAACAAUUUGCUGUGAAACAUAAAGAGCCUUCAGAGAACCUCAGCCGCCUUUUAAAGGAAAAAUCCUUCGACUAAUGUUUCAUUUCAUUGUAAUUUCAUUACAUUUGAGAAUAGACACAACUUUAGUUAUAACUGCAUUUCCCAGAAUGAUUUUUAGCCGUUAGUCAAGAAAAUGUUUGAACCUGUGGCGUUGAGAGCAAUUUGAAAACAUGCAAGUUUUACCCACAUUUUUGUAAGAGCCACCAACUACAAAGAAAAUGUAACAUGACAUGGCUCUCCCCAAACCUAAUCUGCAUUAUUGUGCAAUGCAUUCUGGGAUUUUGAGUCCAGUCAGUGGCGCAAACCGUGAUCUGUUUCUUUUUAAGAAUCACACAUAAUUGAUGAUUAUCGCUCCUUCUGAGCCUCAACACCACAUUCUGACAUUGACCUUUAACACACAAGAAUACAUUAUAUGACAAAAAGGACCCAGGACUGCACCUUCACAAUUAUCUUUUACAGAGUUAAAGCAUUUAUAGAUGGAUAUUUUCUUUUAAAGGUAGCUCUGAAGGCUUCAAACUCUUUUAUUCUAACGGAAAGGUCACAGGGUGGAUUCUAACAAGCUGCAUGCGGUGUCAAGGUGCCCUUGAGCAAGACACUUGUGGAUUAAAAUAUCAGUUUGACGGCAGAAGUGUGAAGCUGUUAUGUCCGUUUGUUCGAGAGAAAAAAAACCUGCCCAUACGCUUGAGAUUUUAUCGCUGCUCUAUAGUAUUAAUACUGAAAUGAAGGCAUGCUGUGCGACUUACGAGUCAAACAGCAAAAUAUAUAUAUUAUAUAAACAGUAUAUAUAUCAGUUUGUUUACCCUGAAGUAUGUGGUGGAUCCUGAGCUUAGUUUGCAAAAGUGCCAAAUUAGUCUUAAAAGCCUAUUUCUCCGAGUUCAUCAGAUCUCUGAACCGAACGCUGCACUGUGGAAUGUAGGCGGGCGGAGGUUACAUGUGCAGGGAAGGAUCAUGGGAUUGCCAAAUGGAUAUCUCCCCUUCUUUUUAUGCAGUCGUUUCUCCAGCUGACCCUAAGAAAAGUGAAAGGGUUGAAACGUUUACAGAGUCUGAAUUUAGUCACAAAAGGGAAAGCGACGUUUGGAAAAGCAGACAUUUGAAGGGUUCAGAAACACGAUUCACUCGCUGCUAAAUGGAAACGGUGGUAACACUUUACUGUGCAAUGGCCUUAUUCUAGUGUGUGAACUGAAUUUUUGCAGAGACAUUUAUUGUAAUUACCCAACAAGACUGUCAAAACUUAAUGAAAUCCCCACCCAUGUUUAAAGUACUUAAAAAUCUGUAUUUAUUUCUAUUCCUACACUGGGAGAUUUUUAAUUUUUAGCACCAAUUUAUGUGAUUUUUCAUUGGUUUAUGCACAAAAACAAGGCCUUUGUGAAGUGAAAGGUUACACCCAGUUAUUGUUAUUUCUGUCUUGAGUGCAGUUUUGGCCCAAAUCUAUGAAGUGCCUGGAAUAAUUUAGCGAACAAAAAGGAGAUUAAUUGAUUUAUUUUGACCAUGUUUUGAUUGUAUAAUUUGCAAUAUAUAAAAAAAGAUAAAAGAAGCAGUUCUCUCUAGAAGUAUGUAAGUAUUAGCCUUUGAAAGACAAAAAGGCACUUGUGUAAAGGUUGGAUGGAUCUAAUGAAACGCUGUUUUGUUUUAUUUAUUCUUCCAUGCUGGGUAAAAGCUUUCCCUAUGGUGAAAGUAUUUUUUAUUCAUAGCUUGUCAGUGUUUUUUCAUUAAAGAGCCAGAACAUGAUGAUGAGAGUAGUCUUUGUAUCAGAUACUGAUGCCCCCCCCCCCAUCAGGCUUUGCUCCUGUCUUCAUCUAUCCUUUAAUUUAAUUUUUAUUUGGAUGCCUUCCUUUGCCUUUCUUUUUCAUUCUAUCAAGCUUUCUUUGACUCUGAUACUGACAGCCUCUGUCUCAUGUUCUUCAUUUUUAAAAGGAUGUGUUGUUUUUAACAUGUGUGUUGUUAAUGGCAGCAAAAGUAAAGCACUGUAUUUUUCAAAAUGCAAUAUAUUCUAUCUUUUAUAAUAGACAAAAUCGCAGCCAAGACCUGAAAUUAUGGACUUUCCUCGAGGUAAUUCUAAGCAAUUUUCAAACAAAUGAAAUUGUAUCUUAAGCAUUUAAAGGAUGUCCUGGCUUAUGGAUUGUUGCCAUCUUAUUCAAAUCACAAAUCUCCAAAGUGGCAGCUUUUUACUAAGGAAGUAGGAAAUACAGUUGAAUAUGAAGCGUAGGUUUUCCCGCAUGUCAGACUCAUACAUUUACAUAAAUCUGCUUAGAAAACCUGAUAAAAGACGUCCCUCAUGUCUCCAAAAGAAUUGGCUUGUUUUUAAGUUUAAUUAAGUAACAAAGUAAUACUAUUCUAACGUACAUCCAUGGCGACAUGACAAACUAGAACUGAGCUAAUUCGGCAUACUUUUAAUAGGGCCAAUUUGCCAAAAUGUAAAGAAAUAUGAAAUAAAAAUCUCCAAGCGUCCGAUGGCUUUCCCAUGGCAACUAUUCCCAACUGUUGCUAACGAUUGAAAGCCAGUGUUGCUAAGAUACGGGCAAUCAAUUCCAAUCGGAAGCUUUCUAACAUUAGCACUGAUUCACACUAGGUAUUCGUUUUGAUAUACGAUAUUUCAACACCGAAAUCGGACAGAAAAAAACACAGGAUACAGUUGUGUUCUAGAAAAUGAAAUAUGUUAAGCUAUAUAUAAACAUUUCCUUUGAGUUAAGUUGAUGCUUAACCAAUUUCUAAAACAGAAAAUGUGGAGGUUUCAUUUUUGAGUCUGGUGCAAACAUGUCAGUAUUGUGUUGCCCAACAGACAGAUGUUAAAAACAACACAUUUAUUUUAUGAGUGAACAUGUUUUCUUUGCUAUUGAAUGAUUAAACAGCAUGGCCUCAGCAGGGAGCGACUCUUACUGUAUGUACAGUCACACAUCGGCCUUCACCCACCUGUUGUCUCUACUCUGACUGAUUUAUUUAUUCUCUUUCUGCUCAACAAAAGAAAAAAAUCAGGAUUGAAAAUGAAAUUGGGAGGAGAGGGCUGUUAUCUCGGCUUCGUUUGGUGUCACAGAUAUACACCUUUCCUUCCAGGGAUAUCGAAACUAUUCAUAUUUCACAUGUUUUUAUUGAUUUGAUUUGGUUUCACACGGUUUUUCAUCCCAUUUUCAUUUUGUCAUGCCGUUCUAACCCAACAAUGUUAGUGCAGAUUAAUUUAUAGUUUGAAAUAUGCUUUUACGUUGCUGAUUUAGAGUUUUAUGUAGCUAUUUUGAAAGAACUAUAGAGAGGAAAUGAUUUUCAUAUACAUUUAUUUCAUUUUGCAAUCCACAUCAGGUUUUGUCCUUUUUGUCCUUUGAUUCUUUUUUUCCCCCAACCCCACAUAAUUAUGUUUCGUCCCUCUGAACUCAUGUUUCUAACAUAGAAAGGUGAAACUAACCAUUUGGCAUUAUGUGAGUCUUGUUGUUGUUGUAAUUCAUAGCUUCAUGCUUGUUUGUUGCAAUGUACCUGUUUUGAUCAUGAUGAAUGCUCUGUAACAUUCCACCACAACAAACCCUCUGGGCAAACAUCUCCCACUGAGGGGAAAAACUACAAUUUCACAACUCUCUCUCUCAGUCUCUCUAUCUCUCUCUGUGCCUGACAAACUAUGCUGUCACAAAGGUUUUCAAUAAACAUGUUAUAAUAGC